CCAUGGAAAUGAAACUAGUGAUUGUGCUUCUGGCACUUAUCUUAGCUCCACUGAGCGACGCCGUUCCGGAUCAAUCUCCCAACGGCGUCGGUAACUGGUUCUCGAGGCUUCCCAACGCACAGGAGAAGCUUACAAGGCUUCACUUCUACAUUCACGACAUCAUGACCGGCCCAAACCCGACCACCGUUCCGAUCGCUCAGGCCAACAUCACCGACGCCUCGCCGACCAAGUUCGGGCUGGUCUACGUGAUGGACAGCCCAUUAACAGUUGGGCCGUCACUGGACUCCAAGAUCAUCGGCCGUUGCCAGGGGACCUUCGCCUUCGCGUCCCAAGAAGAGAUCGGUUUGCUCCUCACCCUUAACUUCGUCUUCACCGACGGCAUUUACGCCGGCAGCACCCUCAGCGUUCUGGGCCCAAAGAAGAGGGACAACUUUUACCGGGAAUACCCCAUCAUCGGCGGUUCCGGUGUUUUCCGGCUGGCGGAAGGUGUCUCCACCGACCAUACUUACCAGGGCACGGUGGCUCCGGGAGCCAAGGCCCCCACCGACACGACCGUUUAUGUUUUGCAUUAUGAUGUGGCUGCUGCUAAUUACGCGGAGGAGGUUGAAAUGAAUCAUGAGUAUGCUGAGGUCAUUGAAUUCAACAGGAAUCAAAAGUAUGCGGAAGAUAUUGAGUUGACCAAGAAUCUCAUCAACCAAGUUAAGUUCAACUAGAUUUUUUUUUUUUGGCGGGGGGUUCUUUUCCAUGUGUGCUGUAAUUUUACAAGUCAUUUCCAUGUACAAGAAAUAAAGUUCAAUUCUAGAUGCAGUUGUAGGAUUGCACCUAGGAAUUGAAUUCGAUGAUGCAGAAUUGUAAUCGAUCGGAAUAAUAUUGUAUUCUCGGUUGUUCACCACCGAUGCCGGAAACAACAUGUCGUGUUUUUGCCACUUCUGCAUGUAAUAUUUCUUCAAAGUCUCCGCCUCUUAUAGUCAAUAAAACGACUGUGUUCUUUUGUUUCGAAAUAAUUGUUUGACUUUUAUAUGUUAAACUAAUGGAUGUUUUUAACCCAUCUCUCCCAUUUCUACCACAUAAAGUGGACGAUCACAAUAAAACGAAAUGAAUGAAGAUAUUUUUAUAUUGAAUUCCUUGAACCAAAAAAAAGUACAAAUAAGAGAUGUAACGCGCAAGAGAAGGAGUAAUCUAAACAGGAAAAAGAAAAUGUAAUUUAAUGAGAAGAAAAACGAGUGAGUAAUAAUCCUUAAAGAUUAAUGUAACUUUUUUGCGUUGAUCUAUGUCUAUAUGUCCUUUAUGCAGACAAAACGGAACGAUAAACUGAAGACAAUAAUGUAAGCACAAAAAAUACAUAAUGAAGUUCGUACAUUG